AUGGCAGUCUCCAUCUCCCCAGCCCGCCUCGGCACACCAUGGCCCAGAUCCAAGUCCACCAAUUCCCUGGCAUCCCUAGCCCUCUCCAAAUCACCCCCGCCAAAGCCCGCCCCUAAACAAACAAGCUUCCUCGACCUCCCCUACGAAAUCCGAACCAUGAUCUACGCAAACUACCUCCCCUCCCGCCGCUCCACCUCCCAAAAAACAACACAAACCCUCGACCGGCUGGCCCGGGAUCUCGCCAAGGGCUACCUCUACCGCAGCCACGCCGGCAAGUGGUCGGCUCGCAUCAAAAGCCCGUACCACUUUGUGCGCAACUUGUUGCUUGUCUCGCGCCAAAUCUACGACGAGGUUCUCGCCGAGGUUCUGAACCGGUUUCGGAUUUUGAUUCCAAAUAUCUUUGAGCUGGGGAGUACGGGGCGGCCAGCGCGGGAGUUGGAGGCGGUGUGUAUGGAUUUUUGCAAGAAGGGGCAGGCGAUUCGGCAUUUGGAAGUUGAUGUCAAUCCGAGGCAUGUACCUGCGGUGCCGGUAUCGACGUCGCGGUGUGGCGGGAGUGGGGCGGUGGUUGUAAGGAAUGCGAGACCAGGUCAGGAACCGAGUCAGGAGUUGAACUUUGACUUGAUCAAUGAUCUCGAUCUCAACAAGGAUAUCUGGGACCGUUUGCUUUCUGGACUGGCAUCGAUUACGAUCAAGGUUAGCUUGGCGCGUCUGCCGGAGGAGUGGGCGGAGAAGAUUCUUGCGAUUUUGCGGUAUGUGGACGCAAGUGUCACCGAGCGGUGUGUGGUCGAGGUACAUGCGACGUACAAGCAAGACCGGGAGCUCAUCGAGGCUGCGAUGCGGCAUCCGAGGUUGAGGAUUGUGGUGCAGGCCGAGGAGGAGGAGGAGUGGUUUGAGUUGAAUGGGUCGGCUGAUUGA